AGGGGAAGUGUCAUCAUCGCACUAGGGGAAGCUGCAUUUCCUGGUAACUGGCGGCGCCCUGGGCGCCCCUUCGCAAGCGGGGAUCUGUUCCCCUGAUACCCGGACCCCCGGUCUCCCCUCCCCACCGCGUCUUCCCUUGAGUGGUCCGGGACUUGGGUCGGGGACUCUGGCCGGGGCUACACUGGGACCGGCGUUAAGCGCUCUGCUCGUGCCAGGGCUUGGGAACUGAGAGAAAGUCUGUGUGGCGAGGAGAGAGGGCUCGGGGCAGGAACUCCGCCAGAGCCGCGGAGAGGGUCCGCAGAGCCCGGGCGUGAGCCGGCCUCGGCGGGGAGGGCGCGCCGGGACCUGCGGGGUCCGAGAGCUAGCCUGUAAACAGACGACCUUGCCCCGCGGAGGGAGGACUGUUUUCACCAGAAACCCGCCUGCCCUUGCGGGCUGGGUGGAAAUUUCCCCACGGCGCAGACUUCUCUCGGCGAAGGCGAACUUUCCAGCCGCCCCCAGCCCCUCGUAGCGCGCUCUCCCCCGGCUUCCUGCCCGGCGCGAGCUCCAGCUGGAGCGCUGGCCCCGCCCCCGCCGCUUUGUACUCUACGCUCGCCUCUCGCAGCUCUUUGUACUCUAGACUCUCAAUGGACCGAUCCCGGGAGCGGAGCCGGCGCCCUACCUGCAGGGACGCGGGGCUGUUACUGAGGCGGAGACACGGGUGAUGAUUGGCUCGCUGGGGAGAGAGGAAGUCCUGUGAUUGGCCAGAUCUCGGGAGCUCGCCGACGCCGGGAGAGGACGCUCCCACGGAGGCCGGAAUUGGCUGUGAAGGGCUCUGGGUGGCCGUCUGGGGGCAGUGGGCACUCCUGUCAGAGCGGCUGGAGCGGGACCGUCGCCCCAGAGAGCUGGGGCAGGGGGCCGUGCCCGAUCUCCAGGGCUCCUGGGGCCACUGCUGACCUGGCUGGAUGCAUCGGGCAGUGGACCCUCCAGGGGCCCGCGCUGCACGGGAAGCCUUUGCCCUUGGGGGCUUGAGCUGUGCUGGGGCCUGGAGCUCCUGCCCGCCCCAUCCCCCUCCUCGUAGCGCAUGGCUGCCUGGAGGCAGGUGCUCUGCCAGCAUCGGGCAGCACCCCCUCUCUGCGCCCCUACCCCCUUCACAUGGCAGUAGUUCCGGGCACCCCAACAAACCAUAUUAUGCUCCAGGGACCCCCUCCCCAAGACCCCUCCAUGGGAAGCUGGAAUCCCUGCAUGGCUGUGUGCAGGCGUUGCUCCGAGAGCCGGCCCAGCCAGGGCUGUGGGAGCAGCUUGGGCAGCUGUACGAGUCUGAGCAUGACAGUGAGGAGGCCAUCCGCUGCUACCACAGCGCCCUUCGUUACGGAGGAAGCUUGGCUGAGUUGGGGCCCCGCAUUGGGCGACUGCAGCAGGCCCAGUUCUGGAACUUUCAUGCCGGCUCCUGCCAGCACCGAGCCAAGGUCCUGCCUCCCCUGGAACAAGUGUGGAACUUGCUGCACCUCGAGCACAAGCGGAAUUACGGGGCCAAGCGGGGAGGUCCCCCAGUGAAGCGAGCCGCUGAACCCCCAGUGGUGCAGCCCGUGCCUCCUGUGGCACUCUCAGGCCCCUCGGGGGAUGAGGGCCUCAGCCCUGGAGGCAAGCGCAGGAGAGGCUGCAGCUCAGAGCAGACUGGCCUUCCCCCAGGGCUGCCGCUGCCACCACCGCCACUGCCACCGCCGCCACCACCGCCGCCACCACCACCGCCCCCACCCCUGCCUGGCCUAGCCACUAGCCCUCCCUUUCAGCUGACCAAGCCAGGGCUGUGGAGUACCCUGCAUGGAGACGUCUGGGGCCCCGAGCGCAAGGGUUCGGCACCCCCGGAGCGCCAGGAGCAGCGGCACCCGCUGCCCCACCCGUAUCCAUACCCGGCUCCGGCCUACACCGCGCACCCCCCUGGCCACCGGCUGGUCCCGGCCGCACCCCCAGGCCCCGGCCCCCGCCCCCCAGGAGCAGAGAGCCAUGGCUGCCCGCCUGCCACCCGUCCCCCCGGAAGUGACCUUAGAGAGAGCAGAGUUCAGAGGUCGCGGAUGGACUCCAGCGUUUCACCAGCAGCAACCACCGCCUGCGUGCCUUACGCCCCUUCCCGGCCCCCUGGCCUCCCCGGCACCACCAGCAGCAGCAGUAGCAGCAGCAGCAACACCGGUCUCCGGGGCGCGGAGCCGAGCCCAGGCAUCCCCGGCGCUGACCAUUACCAGACCCCCGCGCUGGACGUCUCCUCUCACCAAGGCCGCCUGGGGCCCUCGGCACACAGCAGUCGGAAACCGUUCCUGGCGGCUCCCGCUGCCACUCCUCACCUGUCCCUGCCGCCCGGGCCCCCCUCACCUCCUCCGCCACCCUGCCCCCGUCUCCUGCGCCCCCCACCGCCCCCUGCCUGGCUGAAGGGCCCGGCCUGCCGGGCAGCCCGUGAGGACGGGGAGAUCUUAGAGGAGCUCUUCUUCGGGGCUGAGGGACGCCCCCGUCCUCCCCCACCACCCCUCCCCCACCGCGAGGGCUUCUUGGGGCCUCCGGCUCCCCGCUUUUCUGUGGGCACUCAGGAUUCGCACACCCCUCCCGCCCCCCCAGCCACCAGCAGCAGCAGCAGCAGCCCUACGGGGCCUGUGUCCUUCCCCCCGCCUCCCUACCUGGCCAGAAAUUUAGACCCCCUUCCCCGGCCCCCCAGCCCCACACUGAGCCCCCAGGACCCACCUCUCGCACCCUUGACUCUUAACCUGCCCCCAGCUCCUCCCUCCUCCUGCCACCAAAAUACCUCAGGAAGCUUCAGGCGCCCGGAGAGCCCUCGGCCCAGGGUCUCCUUCCCAAAGACCCCCGAGGUGGGGCCGGGGCCGUCGCCAGGCCCCCUGAAUAAAGCCCCCCAGCCUGCGCCGCCCAGGGUUGGGGACCUGCCUGCCCGAGGCCCGCGGCUCUUCGACUUUCCCCCUACCCCGCUGGAGGACCAGUUCGAGGAGCCGGCCGAGUUCAAGAUCCUCCCCGACGGGCUGGCCAACAUCAUGAAGAUGCUGGACGAGUCCAUCCGCAAGGAGGAAGAGCAGCAGCAGCAGGAGGCAGGUGUGGGCCCCCCGCCCCCCCUGAAGGAGCCCUUUCCAUCUCUGCAGCCUCCGUUCCCCAGUGACACAGCCCCGGCUGCCACCGCCUCCGCCUCCGCCGCCACCACCACCACGGCCGCCACCACCGCCACAGCCACCCAGGAAGAGGAGAAGAAGCCACCACCAGCCCUGCCGCCACCGCCGCCUCUUGCGAAGUUCCCACCCCAGCCCCCGCCCUCGGCCGCCCCGCUGCCCCCAGCGGCCGGUCCGGCUGGCCUGCUCAAGUCCUUGGCCUCCGUGCUGGAGGGACAGAAGUACUGUUACCGGGGGUCUGGAGCAGCUGUUGCCACCCGGCCCGGGCCCUUGGCCACCACUCAGUAUUCCCCCGGCCCCCCGUCAGGUGCUACCGCCCCACCACCCACCUCAGCGGCCCCCAGCGCCCAGGGCUCCCCGCAGCCCUCCGCUUCCUCGUCAUCUCAGUUCUCUACCUCAGGCGGGCCCUGGGCCCGGGAGCGCAGGGUGGGCGAAGAGCCAGCCCCGGGCCCCAUGACCCCCGCCCCACCGCCCCCACCCCUGCCUCUGCCCCCUGCUCGGUCUGAGUCUGAGGUGCUAGAAGAGAUCAGUCGGGCUUGUGAGACCCUCGUGGAGCGGGUGGGCCGGAGCACCACAGACCUGGCGGGCCCAGUGGACGCGGCGGGCCCGGUGGAUGUGGCGGGCCCGGUGGACAGUGGGACUGAGCGACUGCUGCCUCCUGCCCAGGCCCGGGAGGAGAGCGGUGGGGUGGGGGCGGUGGCAGGACCAGGCAGCGGCAAGCGGCGGCAGAAGGAGCACCAGAAGGAGCACCGGCGGCACCGGCGGGCCUGCAAGGAUGGCGUGGGUCGGCGGCCCCGAGAGGGCAGGGCAAAGACCAAGGCCAAGGCCCCCAAAGAGAAGAGCCGCCGGGUGCUGGGCAACCUGGACCUGCAGAGCGAGGAGAUCCAGGGGCGCGAGAAGGCCCGGCCUGAUCUCGGCGGGGCCUCCAAGGCCAAGCCACCGGCAACUCCGGCCCCUCCACCAGCUCCUGCACCCUCUGCCCAGCCCAUGCCCCCCUCCACCCCCGGGCCUGGGAAGAAGGCCCGGGAGGAAGCAGCAGGGCCCCCUGGUGUUAGCCGCGCUGACAUGCUGAAGCUGCGCUCCCUUAGUGAGGGGCCCCCCAAGGAGCUGAAGAUCCGUCUCAUCAAGGUAGAGAGCGGCGACAAGGAGACCUUCAUGGCCUCCGAGGUGGAGGAGCGGAGGCUGCGCAUGGCAGACCUCACCAUCAGCCACUGCGCCGCCGACGUGGUGCGCGCCAGCAAGAACGCCAAGGUGAAAGGGAAAUUUCGAGAGUCCUACCUUUCCCCUGCCCAGUCUGUGAAACCGAAGAUAAACACAGAGGAGAAGCUGCCCCGGGAAAAACUCAACCCGCCCACCCCCAGCAUCUAUCUGGAGAGCAAACGGGAUGCCUUCUCGCCAGUGCUGCUGCAGUUCUGUACUGACCCUCGGAACCCCAUCACCGUGAUCCGGGGCUUGGCGGGCUCCCUGCGGCUCAACUUGGGCCUCUUCUCCACCAAGACGCUGGUGGAAGCGAGCGGCGAGCACACGGUGGAGGUACGCACACAGGUGCAGCAGCCCUCGGAUGAAAACUGGGAUCUGACGGGCACACGGCAAAUCUGGCCUUGCGAGAGUUCCCGCUCCCACACCACCAUUGCCAAGUACGCACAGUACCAGGCUUCGUCUUUCCAGGAGUCCCUGCAGGAGGAGAAGGAGAGUGAGGAUGAGGAGUCUGAGGAGCCAGACAGCACCACAGGGACCCCUCCCAGCAGCGCUCCCGACCCGAAGAACCAUCACAUCAUCAAGUUCGGCACCAACAUCGACCUGUCUGAUGCCAAGAGGUGGAAGCCCCAGCUGCAGGAGCUGCUGAAGCUGCCCGCCUUCAUGCGGGUCACGUCCACCGGCAACAUGCUGAGCCACGUGGGCCACACCAUCCUGGGGAUGAACACGGUGCAGCUGUACAUGAAGGUCCCUGGCAGCCGGACGCCAGGCCACCAGGAGAACAACAAUUUCUGCUCCGUCAACAUCAACAUUGGCCCUGGCGACUGCGAGUGGUUCGCGGUGCACGAGCACUACUGGGAGACCAUCAGCGCCUUCUGCGACCGGCACGGUGUGGACUACCUGACUGGUUCCUGGUGGCCGAUCUUGGAUGACCUUUAUGCUUCCAAUAUCCCCGUGUACCGCUUCGUACAGCGACCCGGAGACCUCGUGUGGAUUAAUGCGGGCACUGUGCACUGGGUGCAGGCCACCGGCUGGUGCAACAACAUCGCUUGGAACGUGGGGCCCCUCACUGCUUAUCAGUACCAGCUGGCCCUGGAACGAUAUGAGUGGAACGAGGUGAAGAACGUCAAAUCCAUCGUGCCCAUGAUUCACGUUUCCUGGAACGUGGCUCGCACGGUUAAGAUCAGCGACCCGGACUUGUUCAAGAUGAUCAAGUUCUGCCUCCUGCAGUCCAUGAAGCACUGCCAGGUGCAGCGCGAGAGUCUGGUGCGCGCCGGCAAGAAGAUCGCUUAUCAGGGCCGCGUCAAGGACGAGCCCGCCUACUACUGCAACGAGUGCGACGUGGAGGUGUUCAACAUCCUGUUCGUGACGAGCGAGAACGGCAGCCGCAACACGUACCUGGUGCACUGCGAAGCGUGCGCUCGGCGGCGCAGCGCGGGCCUGCAGGGCGUGGUAGUCCUGGAGCAGUACCGCACCGAGGAGCUGGCGCAGGCCUACGACGCCUUCACGCUGGCCCCCGCCAGCACGUCGCGAUGAGGCCGGACGCCCCGCCCGCCCGCGCGCGCGCAGGGCGCCGCGGGGCCACCAGCACACGCCUGGGCUGGACCUAGGUCCCGCCUCUGGCCGGGAAGGGGGUCGGGCCCAGCCCUUCCACCCCAUUGGCAGCUCCCCUUCACUUAAUUUAUUAAGAAAAAAGUUUUUUUUUUUUAACAAAUAAGAGGAAAAAAGGAAAAAAAAUGGGAGACGGGGGAGGGGGCUGGCAGCCCCUCGCCCACCAGCGCCUCCCCUCACCGACUUUGGCCUUUCUAGCAAGAGACACAAGGACCAGGCUCCGGCGGCGGCGGGGGUCACAUACGGGUUCCCUCACGCCUGCCAGCCGCCCGCCCACCCGCCGGGCGCAGAGGCACGCGGCCCGUGCAUGUACAUAGACGUUACGGCAGCCGAGGUUUAAUGAGAUUCUUUUUAUGGGCUUUACCCCUCCCCCCAGGACCUCCUUUUUUACUUCCAAUGCUAGCUGUGACCCCUGUACAUGUCUCUGUUUAUUCACUUGGUUAUGAUUUGUAUUUUCUGGGUUUUUGUUUUGUUUUUUAGGUUUUUUGUUUUGUUUUGUUUUUAAUUUAUAACAGUCCCACUCACCUCUAUUUAUUCAUUUUUGGGAAAACCCGACCUCCCGCACCCCCCCUUCCCCUAAGCCAUCCCGCCGCCCCUCCGGGGACCGCCCGCCGCGGGCCUCUCCCUGCGCCCCAGUGUGUGUCCGGGCCCGGCCCGUCCGUCUCCGCCCGCCCGCCCGCCUGCCCGCGGCGCCAGCCGGGCUCUCAUGGUGCUCAAACCCGCUCCCCUCCCCGACGUCCUGCACUUUCUUGGACCAGGCCCCCACUCCCGACCCAACCCCAGCCCCGCCUGAGGGUGAGCGACUCCUGUACUGUAGGGGAAGAAGUGGGAACUGAAAUGGUAUUUUGUAAAAAAAAAAUAAAAUAAUAAUAAUAAUAAAUAAAUAAAAAAAUUUAAAGUUUUAAAGAAAGAACUAUGAGGAAAGGAACCCCGUCCUUCCCAGCCCCGGCCAAUUUUAAAAACACGGACCAUCCCCUCACACCCCACCUCCCCUCCUCCCUUUUUCUUUUUAAGCGUGAACCAGCCCAGGGCCAGGACCUCACUGGGGCAGGGACACCCCGGGAUGAGUUUCUCCGGGGAUUUAUUUUUGUUCGGUGGGUGGUUUUUCUCUCCCACGCUGGGGCUGCGGAGGGCUGGGGGGUUUACAGCCCCGCUCCCUCGCACUGCACUGUCUCUCUGCCCUAGGGGCAGAGGGGUCUUCCCAACCCUACCCCUAUUUUCGGUGAUUUUUGUGUGAGAAUAUUAAUAUGAAAAAUAAAAUCAGAGAAAAACA